UACAUAUUUUUUUUCUUUUUUAACAGGUCUCUGAUGUAGCAACAGUGACAGGUGCAGCUGAGAUGCUUGGUGGGCGUGUGAAAACCCUUCAUCCAACUAUCCAUGGUGGAAUUCUGGCUAGGGAUAUACCCUCAGACCUUGCUGACCUCACAGAGAGAAACAUCAGCCAAAUUCAAGUUGUAGUAUGUAAUUUGUACCCCUUCGUGAAGACAGUGGCUAAAGAGGGUGUCACAGUAGAGGAUGCUGUUGAGAAUAUUGAUAUUGGAGGUGUAACACUCUUGAGGGCUGCUGCCAAGAACCAUAGCCGUGUAACAGUGCUCUGUGAUCCUGAUGAUUAUGGAAAAGUUUUGGAAGAGUUCAAGACUGGUAACACAGAUAUAACCACAAGGCAGCAGCUAGCUUUAAAGGCAUUCACACACACUGCCCAGUAUGAUGAUGCUAUCAGUGACUACUUUCGCAAGACCUACUCUAAGGGGAUGGCCCAUCUACCCCUUCGUUAUGGCAUGAACCCUCACCAGAAGCCAGCUCAGGUUUAUACUCAAGGACCAAAGCUUCCUAUCACAGUUGUAAAUGGUUCACCUGGUUUUAUUAACUUGUGUGAUGCUCUUAAUGCAUGGCAGCUAGUGCGAGAGCUUCGUGCUGCUUUAGAUCUCCCUGCAGCAGCAUCUUUUAAACAUGUCUCACCUGCUGGAGCAGCUGUUGCCACACCCCUAACUGAGGAUGAGGCAAAAGUGUGUAUGGUGGAAGAUCUAGGUCCCCUCACUCCGUUGGCCAUUGCCUAUGCUAGAGCACGAGGAGCUGAUCGAAUGUCUUCCUUUGGAGACUUUGUGGCUCUGUCAGAUGAAUGUGAUGCUCUUACAGCAAGAAUCAUUUCUAGGGAGGUCUCUGAUGGAGUGAUUGCACCAUCAUACUCACCGGAAGCCUUGGAGCUUCUCAAGAAAAAGAAAGGGGGAAGCUACUGUGUGUUGCAGAUGGACCCUAGUUAUGAGGGUGAACUUAUGGAGCGUCGGACCCUCUUUGGCCUUACCCUUGAGCAGAGGAGAAAUGAUGCAGCCAUUACACCAGAGCUCUUGAAAAAUGUUGUCACCAAGAGGAAAGAUAUGAGCCAAGAUUCCAUAAGAGACUUGAUUGUUGCUUCUAUUGCUGUGAAAUACACCCAGUCCAACUCUGUAUGUUAUGCUAAAUCAGGCCAAGUCAUUGGCAUUGGUGCAGGACAACAGUCCCGCAUCCACUGUACAAGACUGGCUGGAGACAAAGCAAACAACUGGUGGAUGCGACAUCACCCUCGAGUGCUGAGUAUGAAAUUCAAGGAAGGAGUGAAGAGAGCUGAGAAAUCAAAUGCCAUUGAUAACUUUGUUGGUGGCACUGUUGGAAAGGACAUGCCAGAGUCCCAGUUUGCUUCUGUGCUUGAGGAGGUCCCUGCUACACUGACUCAAGAAGAGAGGGAUGCUUGGACACAAAAGCUGACAGCUGUCGCUCUUUCAUCAGAUGCCUUUUUCCCAUUCAGGGAUAAUGUUGACAGAGCAAAGCAGAGUGGUGUUGAGUUCAUUGUGAGCCCAGCUGGAUCAAACAAUGACAACAUUGUUGUUGAAGCAUGUGAUGAACACAAUAUGAUUCUUGUUCACUCCAAUCUCCGCCUUUUCCAUCACUGAACUGGAAGACUUCAUGGUCAUCCAGUCAUGCUCUCUCCUUAUGGCGUGCAAUUGUGAAUUUUGUAUUUGAAUCCUAAUGAACAAGUAAUACAGAUCUGAGAGAAAA